AUUCAGGUGUCUGACAAUUCCUGCAGGACAUUCGUCAGUCGCAUUUAUUGCUGGCUAGUGAAAAGUUCGACCAUGGAGCUGCGUCGGAAAAUCACUCUGCAUAUUCUGCCCCUAUUUUUAGCCAUAUUUCUAUUCACCAUGGGCGAGGCGUAUCUGAAGAGUGUCCGCGUGGAUGAGAUUCCCUUUGCCGGAAGAAAGGUCCUGGCCAAUCGGCGGUCCAGUGGUAUUCAUCUCAUUUCCAGUCUGGAGCAUCAGCGCACUUUUCUUCACCUCUUUCAUGUGCCCUACAUCAUUUGCUUCUAUGCCGCGAAGGGCAAGUGGCCGUAUGUGCCAGGAUUCAUGAAAUACCGAGUUGAUAAUGCAGCUCGAAGCUUUUUUAACCAGAACGACAGUUUCAUCAAACAGUUUUGCACCAAGUGGAUUCAGGUGAAGGAGUGCUUUCGUCCCUUAUUCGACAAAUCAAAUAACACAGAUGUUGAAGUGGAAACGCUUGAUGCGAAAAUUCAGGGACAGAGUUGCAAUUGUGACAAAUUGCUGCUCUCAACGGAGCCACCAGUACCGGUCGUCUACUUUGAUAAAAAUUACAUUGGAAACGUUAGUUCGGAAACGAUUAUGAAUACCAUUGAAUUUCUGGAGAGUUUCCUGCCGCCGCCCACUAAAAAACACAAGCGCAAGAAUCGCGUUCGUGGGCGCUUAGAUGAUAUGGAUAUUGAAUAGAAAUCACUCUUCAUCAUUAUAUACUUUCGUAACGCACGCAUUUUACUCAUCACAAUCAUAACCAGAAAAUCAUCGUUUAAAUUUGAAUUAAAAUUCGGUUGGAAACCGUUUUCUAGAGAUAAGUGAUAUCGAUAACGCUCAGAAUAUUAUGGCAAAAUAAAAAUUCUUUAAUUAAUAAUAGAA